AAAAGCCGCGAGGAACGCCGGCCGGCGCGAGGGCCCGCACGUCGCCGGGGGCGCGGAGCCUGGGCGGUGGACCGGUGCGCCGGCUGAAGCCUGCCGCUGAGUUCUGGUCUGGGGGUCGCGCCUUCCCUGGCGGCCCUCGCGUCCCCGGCGCGGCGUGCGCCCCGGCCUUGGGCGCGGGCACCUGCGAGCCCCCCGUCGCUGUACCGAGGCGUUCGUCGGGCAGUGAGUCUGCGAGCUCGGCCUGCCCGGCGGGGAAGGGCGGCGGGGCCUGGGCCUCCGGCCCCGGACUCGGAACCGCCGCUGCAGUCCUCCCGCUGUUCGCUGUUCGGUGGAGCUGCGGAAGCAGCGCGCAGGUCUCACCUGGUUACUGCGCAAGGGGCCCGUUUCCGGCCGGGUGACUGGAUGUUACACCUGGCUGGCCCUCGGAAGGGGAGAAGGCCCCUCACCUGGCCCCGAGGGGGCGGGGCUCUGCCGUCCGCUCUGCCCUUCCCAGCGAGGUCUCGACGCCUCUGACAGCGAGCCGCCCGGGGGACCGGCGGACGGGAGAGCCGGCUGGGGGACCUCGGCUGCCACCCAAGCCCUGCACCGCCAGGCGGAGCUGGCGUCGGCGACCGCGAGGCCGGGGCAGAGGACGCUGUCGGGGACCCGGGGCUGCGCCGCCGCCCGGGCGGGGAUGCCCGCUGCCUGAGCUCCCCGUAGGCGAGAUGGAGGAGGAGGAGGAGCAGGAGCUGCCCUUCCCGGACUCGCCCUCCGAGAAGUGCUCGCGUCCCGGGUCCCUGGGGUCCAGCGACGACGACGACGACGACGAUGACGAUGGAGAUGCGGAGGGGCUGUUGGCCUGUGAGGACCUGGAGCUGAACCCGUUCGACGGGCUGCCGUACUCGUCGCGCUACUACAAGCUCCUGAAGGAGCGGGAGGCCCUGCCCAUAUGGACCGAGAAGUACUCCUUCAUGGAGGGGCUGCUCCAGAGCCAGGUGGUCAUCGUGUCCGGGGGCGCCCGGUGCGGCAAGAGCUCGCAGGUCCCCCAGUGGUGUGCCGAGUACUGCCUAUCCGUCCACUACGAGCACGGGGGCGUGGUGUGCACCCAGGCGCACCAGCAGACGGCGGUCCAGCUGGCCCUGCGCGUGGCGGACGAGAUGGACGUGAACAUCGGUCACGAAGUCGGCUACGUGGUCCCUUUCGAGAACUGCUGCGCCAGCGAGACGAUCCUGAGGUACUGCACCGACGGCAUGCUGCAGCGGGAAAUGAUGUCCAGCCCCUUCCUCAGCAGCUACGGGGUCGUCGUCCUGGACGACGUGCACGAAAGGAGCGUGGCCACCGACGUCCUGCUGGCACUGCUUAAAGACGUUCUGCUGGCCAGACCGGAGCUGAAACUCGUGAUUAACGCCUCGCCGCUACUGGUCGGCAGGCUCGGCUCCUACUACGGAGGCGCGCCUGUCAUCGAGGUGCCUGACGGGCACCCAGUGGAGGUCGUGCACCUCGGUGGCCGGGCCCAGAGGGAGGCCCUGGAGCCUGUUCUGCGCCUUGUCUUUGAGAUUCACCGCUCUGGCGAGAAGGGUGACAUCGCAGUCUUUCUGGCCUGCGAACAAGAUAUUGAGAAAGCCUACGAAAUUGUCUGCCAGGAAGGAUCCAACUUAAACCCAGACCUCGGCGAGCUGGGGGUGGUCCCUCUGUAUCCGAAAGAGAAGUGCGCGCUGUUCAAGCCGCAGGACGAGGCGGAGGCGCGAGGCCCGGCUCGCCAGAGGAGGGUGGUGCUCACCGCCAGCCCCGGGGAGGCUCUGAUCUGGGGCGGCUCCGUGAAGUUUGUGAUCGACGUGGGCGUGGAGCGGAGGAAGGUGUACAACCCCCGAAUCAGGGCGAGCUCGCGGGUCACGCGGCCCAUCAGCCGAAGCCAGGCAGAGAUCCGCAAGCAGAUCCUCAGCACCUCGCCUUCAGGAAAGCUGUUCUGUCUGUACUCGGAAGAGUUUGCCUCCAAAGACAUGCAGCCGCUGAAGCCGGCGGAGAUGCAGGAAGCCAACCUCACCAGCAUGGUGCUGUUCAUGAAGAGGAUCGACAUCGCAGGCCUGGGCCACUGCGACCUCAUGGACAGACCAGCCCCGGAGAGUCUGAUGCAGGCCCUGGAAGACCUGGACUACCUGGCGGCGCUGGACAACGACGGCAACCUGUCCGAGUUCGGGAUCAUCAUGUCGGAGUUCCCUCUCGACCCCCAGCUCUCCAAGUCCAUCCUGGCGUCCUGCGAGUUUGACUGCGUGGACGAGAUGCUCACCAUCGCCGCCAUGGUCACAGCCCCCAGUUGCUUUCUGCACCCGCCGCGCGGAGCGGAGGAGGCUGCCCUGGGUUGCUGGAAGACAUUUCUGCAUCCCGAAGGCGACCACUUCACCCUCAUCAACAUCUACAAGGCCUACCAAGACACGACUCUGAACUCCGCCAGCGAGCGCUGCGUGGAGCAGUGGUGCCAGGACCACUUCCUCAGCUGCCCCGCCCUCAGGGCGGCGGACGUCAUCCGGGCCGAGCUCCUGGAAAUCAUCAAGCGCAUCGAGCUUCCCUACGCGGACCCCGCCUUUGGCUCCAGGGAGAACACUGUGAACUUGAAGAGAGCGCUCCUGUCCGGGUACUUCAUGCAGAUCGCCCGGGACGUGGACGGGGCGGGGAACUACCUGAUGCUGACGCACCGGCACGUGGCGCAGCUGCACCCCCUGUCCGGCUACGCCGUCUCCCGGAGGCUGCCCGAGUGGGUCCUCUUCCACACGUUCAGCAUCUCAGAGAACAACUACAUCCGGAUCGCCUCCGAAACCUCUCCAGAACUAUUCAUGCAACUGGCACCACAGUACUACUUCAGUAACCUGCCUCCUAGCGAGAGUAAGGACAUCCUGCAGCAAGUAACGGGUCCCCCGUCACCCAUGUCCGCCACGAAACAGGAGCAGCACGCGUGUGAGAGGUCCCCCGAAACCCCCGAACAGAGAUGCGCUGUACAGUGACGCUCAGACUGUCCCGCUGUGGCGCGCCGUCGGCCCGCGACGCAGCGGGAGGGAGCACAUCAGGGUGUCACACCCCACACAGGAGGUGCCUGAAAAAUCCACACUGUAUACUAUUUUCAAAUAAAAAAUAGAAGUUUUUAUUGAGUUCCUUAAA